AUGGCACUGAGCAACAGUAGUUGCAGUACUGUCGUUUUAAAUCCCUUUUCAGAAGAUGUACAAGGUCACCAAUGUCAAUUAAUUUCAUCGAUACAAGGUUUAACUUCUGAUGAAAAUAAGACGAAUAAUAUUACGAAGAAACAAAAGAAGAAAAAAAGUCAUGGUAAUAGAAAGCAACAACACAUUCGCCGAAGAUUACGUCGUCGGGAACAAAAACGAAAUAAUGCUACUACAAGUCAGACAGAUCAAGGUAUUUUAAUUGUGAUUGAUGAUACUGACGACGAUCUGAUAGAUGUUGAACAAGAACAACAUACUGAACAAAACGUACAUAGUAAUGAUAUUAGAACAGGACUAGAAAAUAAACGUAAACGACAAGAAAAUGAUCAAGAUGAUACACAAGUCAAUCGAUCUUUCAGUGAAUUAUCAAUAUCACAAAUAAAUACAAAAAAGUCAAAGACUACAACUGAAAAUAAUCCAUCCACCAGCGAAGUGUCAAAUGUAGUUAGUGAUGCUAACGAAGAACUACAACACGAGCAACAGAAAAAGCAAGAACAUAACAAGAAAUUAUUGUCAAAUACACCUAUGGAACAAUUUAAGCCGAGUUAUUUAAAAGUUUCAGAUAAAAAGUUAAAACAAAUGUUAUCAAAUGCAAUAGAAGGUGAUGACAAAAUUGCUGAAUGCUUAAAUACGACGGAAAAAAUUCAAUUUGUUCGACAAAUGACUGAAGCAACAAAUAACUUAUAUUAUUUCGAUUUACAGCGUCAACUCUGGGGAGAGUAUCUUGAUCUUGGGUUAAAGCAAAGUGAAUGGGCACCUCGAGUGUCGAAAUCGUUUGCUAAGAAACAUCAUACAUGUCGCACUUAUGGUUUUUCCAAACAUAUAAUUGAACAACGUCUACAAACAAUUAUGAAACAAUUUCAACGAACAAUAAACGAAUUACAACAAAAUAUUUCACAAUUAGAACAUAAUGCCCAAGAAUGGCAGCCUUAUAUUGACCCAGCUAUUCUAUGUAAUGCUAUAAAUGCAUGUGUGCAAAGUGCUCAACAACGUUUAAGACAAGAAUUUGAUUAUAAAAAGAAAAUGUUGGUACUAGAUUCUAAUGAUCGUAAUUUAAUUAGAAAGUUUUACGACUUAAAACCAAAUGACGAACAAGUGCAACUAGCCAUACAAGUAUGGCACAUGACAGAAAAUAUGUUGAAAGCAACAGCACAAGAAGAAGUUCUCCGUAAACGAAUUUUCUUACGACGAUUACCAAGUGUAUAUGACAAACUUAUUAAUCAAUCCAUGGAUUUUGUCGAGCCUAUGCUCGCAAACGAAGUUCUUGAUAGAGAUCGUCGUGCUAGUUUAGUUUCAAAUUAUUCAAAGACAAUUACACAAUAUAAAUUUGAUUUAAUGACUUUAAAUCUUGACACCAUUCAAAAUAUAAUACGCGGUCAUCAACAGUUACUUACGGAUUACCAGAAUAAGUUGUCAAAAUGUUGCGACGAAAUUUUAUUCCAAGCAAUUGAAAAUCGACGACAAGCAAUGGGAAAACGUCACGAGUUAUAUAUUAAACAUAAAUUGAAUACUUUUUUCGACGAAGCUCCGGCGACAAUCAACGAAUGA